AUGGAGCCGAACCCAAUCUCCGUCACCUUCUCCGAUCUCUACACGGUGGCCGCCUUCUUCAUCAACCUCCUCCUCCUCAAACUCACCCUCCUCUCCCGGCGGCCGCGGCCGCCCCCCGCCCGAUGCAAUCGAGCCCAAUCAAUCGAGGACACGUGUCCCUCCUCCAAAUUUGCCGCCGGCGCCGGCGGCGACGAGUGCGCGGUGUGUUUGAGCGAUUUCGCGGCCGGAGAAGCCGUGAGGGAGUUGGGCUGCGGCCACACGUUUCACAAGGACUGCGUCGACAGGUGGCUGCUCGCCGCCGGCAAGGUGACGUGCCCCCUCUGCCGGAGCAACGUGAUUCUUCUUCCCCCGGCGGUUGUCGCCGUCGUCGACGACGACGAUUGGGGCAGCCAGCAGCUGGCUCUGUUGCUGUCCAAACUGCGCGGCGGAAACGUGACUUGA